AUGGAGGCGCAGCAACCGACCCCGCCGGCGAAGAAGGUGAAACCUUCGCCUCCUCGAACCGAUGCCGAAGCCGGGGCCGCCGGCGACGGCGAGGACCGGUUCAGCGCGCUCGACGACGACGCCCUCCGCGAGAUCCUCGCGCGCCUCCCGCUCCGCGACGCCGCGGUCACCACCGCGCUCUCCAGGCGCUGGCCCCGCGUCUUCGCCACACUCCCGCGCCUCCGCCUCGACUCCACCACGUUCAACGCCCGCGCGUCCCUCGGCAUCGACUACUGCGACGACAACUGCCGGUGGGUGGACUCCCUCGACUGCGUCCUUGCCGGCCGCGAGGCGCCGGUCGUCGCGUUCGAGGUCGAUGUGGACAUCGACCUCCUGGAAGGGUACGGGGACUGGUUCUACUCCUCCUUCCGCGAGGUCUGCCGGCGCGGCGCCCUGCGGGAGCUCAGGGUCGUGAACGACCACGUGCACGAGCGCUACCUCCUGCCCUCGCCGGUGUACGCUUGCGAGACGCUCACCUCGCUGGAUCUCGACUCGUGCUGGCUCCGGGUUCCCGGCAAGCUCACCGGCCUGCGCGCCGUGCGGUCGCUCCGGCUCCGCAACGUCGUCGCCGAGGACGCCGACCUUCGGCGCGUGAUCUCGCGGUGCCGGGCAGUGGAGCGCCUCGUGCUCGACGACUGCCACAGGGCGCGGAACGUCGUGAUCCGCGGGCCGAGCCUGAAGGAGCUGGAGAUCCGCUCGUACCGCCCGCUCCGCGUCAAGCUACGAUAA